AUGUACAGGCACAUGAUGGACGUAGGCCCUGCUUGGGCCACGUGCCUGUUUGUAGCUGCCAGCUCUGCUAGCUUCGGAGGGGCUGACAUCCUGGAGCAGUGGAUUCAUCCUUUGACCCGAGACGCUUUCUUCAACGAAUUCUUUGAGAAGACCUGGGCCCAUUUCCCUCAUCCGGAGUCCCUGGUCCCGAUCUCGCUUGAUCAUGUUGCUGAAUGGAUCAGGGAGCAAGGAAGCUCCAACGAAGUCGUUGAGACGCUCCGCCACCCUGUGACCCAGAAGAGUUUCCGGCCUUCAUCGAAACUCGACAGCUUGCAACACGUUUCGGAGGCCUUCUUGCAAGGCUUCUCCAUGGUGAUCAACUCUCUGCACAAGUGGUCAGAGCCUGGUGCCCGACUCGCCAAGCAGCUCUAUGCUGCGGGAGACUUUCCGGUGGAUGUUUACAUGUACCUGACGCCGCCUCACUCCUACAGCUAUGGCGUCCACUCUGAUGUGAUGGACGCUUUCAUGGUGCAGCUUUCAGGCCAGAAGCUGUGGUCGGUGUGCGACGUGCCAAGCUGGAUGUUCCCAGGAAAGCCGCCUCAAAGCAUCCUGGACAGCUCCGAUGUCUCCUGCGUAAACGUCACCCUGCAGGGCGGUGAUGUGAUGUAUUUGCCAUUUGGCACACUGCAUCAAGCCAGUACUGGAGAAGACUUUUCCAUGCACUUGACCGUGAACCUGGAAAGGCAGUUCUACGUCUGGCAUGCCCUCCUGCUUGCAAUGAUUCACAAGGCUUUUCGACCAGGAUUGCGCAUCAAGAAAUUUGCGUCAAGUGAGGACUUCCUGCCUGAUGAACUCGACAUCCCACUAGUACGGCUUUUGUCAAACUUGGCAGCCUCGGUGCCUGAGUUGUAUCGGCUGCCGGGAUUCAGCUUUGUGAACGGCUCGACAGAUUCGACGGCAAGGCUGCUGCUCCAGUCCCUCUGCAACCAGGAUUUGCCGGAGAGAUAUCUGGACCAAGUAAUUGCAGAGUUCCAGGAUCUUGUGGUUCGCCUUGAAUCCGUGGCAGCUGCUGGCAACUUCGAUAACGUGCUGAUUGGCAGUCGCUCUGUGGCAAUAAUGCACGCCCUUGAUCUCAUAAAAAGGAGCACCGUCCCGGUACUGCCGUGGGCCUUGCAACUGGCUCGCUUCCAUGCAAUGAAGCAUUUCUCUCUGCUGGGAAAGCCUCACCAGCUUCUGUCGCUGUCUGCGGCCCGGUCCAGAGAUCCUGGCGCUUUGACGAAGCUCCCUCUCUCGAAAUUCGCCUCUGUACUUAGCUCCGAGGAUACUUUGGUGCGUGCGCCUGUUCGCGCUGUGCUGCUGGAAGAGUCCGAGACACCGGAGGUGCUCAAGCUGGUGGUGAACGGUGCCUCCUUGUCCAUCCAGAAGGCUGAGGUCCCUGCUGCCCUGUUCUGCUUGGGGCGUUUCGCAAAGACUACCUCGAAAGGACGCCCCUUCAAGUUGAGCGAUGUGCCUGGAGACUCUUCAAAGCUCAUUCCGAAACUCCUGUCGUCUGGAGCCCUUCAGCUGCUCUAG